CCAGGGCCUGCCUGCCUGCCUGCUCGGUGCACUUGCUGAGCCCGCCAGCCUCGGGCGACGCCACGCCGAGGGGGCGCGAAGAGGGUGGGGACUGAUUGCGAUUCUGCCGUCGCCCUCGCGGGCACUGCCCCAGAACCACUCCCAGGAUAACUACACGUUGGGGAAGGCGCCCCGCGAGCCUCCCCGAGCCUGCGCAGGUGACGCGCGCGCUCGCGCGCGCGCGGCCCAGCGGUCCCAGCCUCGGCCCCGGGGGCGGACAGCGAACGAGCGGCGUGCGGUGGCCCGGACGGUGCCCACGGGGCUAUCCCCAAAAGGGAGUGGCAAUGAGCAGGCAGGCCCAGCCUCGGUGGACAAGGAUGAGGAGCCGCACACAGGAGGGCAAGCGGUGACGCCCUGGCCCCUUGUAGAAUGGCUGCCAUGAGUAGGUGCUUCCCCAGGCCCUGGCCGGGCUGCUGAGGUUCACCUGCAAACCACGAGGAGCAGGACCCUGCGUGCAUCUUGUGGAUGGUCCCCUGCCCUGCACCUCCACCAUGGGGCUCCUAGUGGCACCUCUCCUGCUAGCCUGGGUGGCCGGUGCCACUGCCGCUGUACCCAUGGUGCCCUGGCAUGUGCCCUGUCCCCCACAGUGCACCUGCCAGAUCCGGCCCUGGUACACGCCCCGCUCGUCCUACCGGGAGGCCGCCACAGUAGACUGUAAUGACCUGUUCCUGACGGCGGUGCCACCGGCACUGCCCACAGGGACCCAGACCCUGCUGCUGCAGAGUAACAGCAUCAUGCAGGUGGAGCAGGGUGAGCUUGCCUACCUGGCCAAUCUCACGGAGCUGGACCUGUCCCAGAACAGCUUUUCAAAUGCCCAGGACUGCGACUUGCGGUCCCUGCCCCAACUGCUAAGCCUGCACCUGGAAGAGAACCAGUUGACACGGCUGGAGGACCAGAGCUUUGCGGGGCUGGCCAGCCUGCAGGAGUUGUAUCUCAACCACAACCAGCUCUACCGCAUCGCACCCCGAGCUUUUGCAGGCCUCAGCAACCUGCUGCGGCUGCACCUCAACUCCAACCUGCUCAGGGCCAUCGACAGUCGCUGGUUCGAAAUGCUGCCCAGCCUGGAGAUCCUCAUGAUCGGGGGCAACAAGGUGGAUGCCAUCCUGGACAUGAACUUCCGGCCACUGGCCAACCUGCGCAGCCUGGUGCUGGCGGGCAUGAACCUGCGGGAGAUCUCCGACUACGCGCUGGAGGGGCUGCAGAACCUGGAGAGUCUCUCCUUUUACGACAACCUGCUGGCGCGGGUGCCCCGGCGGGCGCUGGAGCAGGUGCCAGGGCUCAAGUUCCUGGACCUGAACAAGAACCCGCUGCAGCGGGUGGGGCCAGGAGACUUCGCCAACAUGCUGCAUCUUAAGGAGCUGGGGCUGAACAACAUGGAGGAGCUGGUCUCCAUCGACAAGUUUGCCCUGGUCAACCUCCCAGAGCUGACCAAGCUGGAUGUCACCAACAACCCGCGACUGUCCUUCAUCCACCCCCGCGCCUUCCAUCGCCUGCCCCAUGUGGAGACGCUCAUGCUUAACAACAACGCCCUCAGUGCCUUGCACCAGCAGACAGUAGAGUCCCUGCCCAGCCUGCAGGAGGUGGGGCUCCAUGGUAACCCCAUCCGCUGCGACUGCGUCAUCCGCUGGGCCAACGCCACGGGCACCCGUGUGCGCUUCAUCGAGCCGCAGUCCACCCUGUGCGCAGAGCCGCCUGACCUGCAGCGCCGCCCGGUCCGUGAGGUGCCCUUCCGGGAGAUGACCGACCGCUGCCUGCCCCUCAUCUCCCCCCGCAGCUUCCCCUCCAGCCUCCACAUGGCCAACGGCGAGAGCAAGACACUGCACUGCAGGGCAGUAGCUGAACCGGAACCCGAGAUCUACUGGGUCACACCUGCCGGGGUCCGACUGACACCUGCCCACAAGGGCGGGAGGUACCGCGUGUACCCUGAGGGAACCCUGGAGCUGCGGAGGGUGACAGCAGCAGAGGCGGGGCUGUACACCUGCGUGGCCCAGAACCUGGUGGGAGCUGACACUAAGACAGUCAGGGUGGUGGUCAGCCGUGCGCCACUCCAGACUGGUGGGGACGACGGCCGGGGCCUGGAGCUCCGGGUACUGGAAACCCACCCCUAUCACAUCCUGCUCUCCUGGGUGUCCCCUCCCAACACACUCUCCACCAACCUCACCUGGUCCAGCGCCACUUCCUUCCAGGCCCAGGGGACCCGUACCCAAGCCCGCCUGCCCCGGGGCACUCACAGCUACAACAUCACCCGCCUGCUCCAGGCCACCGAGUACUGGGCCUGCCUGCAUGUGGCCUUCGCUGACGCCCACACCCAGUUGGCCUGCGUGUGGGCCAGGACUACAGAGGCCACACCCUGCCGUGGGGCCCUUGGGGACCAGCCAGGGCUCAUGGCCACCCUGACCCUGGUUGUUCUCUUGCUGGCAGCUGGACUCACAGUCCAUCUUGGCGUAGGCCGGCCCAGGCGAGGUGUGGCCGCGCGGCCUCUCCUUCCAGCCUGGGCUUUCUGGGGCUGGGGCAGCCCAUCCAUGCGAGUGGUGAGCGUGCCCCUGGUUCUGCCCUGGAAUCCCAGUAGGAAGCCAUCUGGCUGCUCGGAGGGAGGCCAACCACCUCUUUCACCACCAUUGUCUCAAAACUCCUGAGGCCCAGCCUGUUCUGGGUGGUGGCGGAGGCGUAAUCAGGACCGCUUUCUAACCAAAAGGGACACAGCCAGAGCUGGAGGCCCCGGGAGGAGUGCCACAGGUACCCCUGCACACUGGAGGCCCAGCAGCUAUGGCCCCAGAAACCUCCCCCUGGACAGGAGUGACUCUGGCCAACCUCCCUGCCCCCUGCCUGCCCGCUCAUCUGGGGGUCCAGGGCUCCUGGUCCUCUGCUUGGCUGUCCCUUGCCUGUGACCCCCUUGCAGGAUGCCCCCCCCCUUGCUCCCUCUCCCCUUGUACAGUCUCAGUUGCUUGCUCUCCCCUAUCCUGGGCAAGGACUGAAGGAGGCCUCUCCUGCCCAUCUUGAGACCCACCCUCAAAGCAGGAGCAAUGGCCCCCCACCACAAGACAGACCUGCAGGACACGUGCAGACAGGGAGGCCCGGGGACGCCCCCUGAAGCGACAGCCCGAGCUCCCUGGAGCUGGCUUUCUAGCGGCGAUUUUGUACCUUUGUGGAGAAAUGUGUCACCUACACCCCCAGCCCCAUUCACUCUUUUCUCCUGUUUUGUAAAAAAUAAAAAUAAAUGAUAAUAACAACAGUAAUAAGGA